AUGCGUCCCUUCUACCUCCCCAUCUACGCAUGGGGUCUGUGGUCCACAGCCUCUGCACAAUCAGGUGCUGCCAACUCGCGGGCCCUGCAGGCUCUGAGUAGUAUUACAAUCACCAACCUUGGAGACGUACGCGGAAACAUCAACCUGCCAAACACAUCGGGCGACUUCAAAGUCACCUGGACAAGCAGCAACCCAUCAGUCAUAUCGAAAGAUGGCAUCGUAAAGCGACAGAGUUUCACAACCGCGGUCAGCCUCACAGCCGUCAUAGACCAAGAUGGAGUGACUUCGAACCGCACCUUCAACGCCAAUGUGCGCCAAGCGGUUGCACUCGACCCGUUCCAAGGCUACGCCUUUGCCUACUUCACAGGCAACUCCAUAGCCGGCGAGAAAAUCUACAUGGCAGCCAGCCAGGGCAACGACGCCCUGAAAUGGAAAGAGUUGAAUGGCGGACAGCCCGUCCUGGCCUCGACUCUCGGCACAAAGGGACUCCGUGAUCCUUUUGUCAUCCGAUCACCCGAGGGCGACAGGUUUUUCCUGCUCGCCACUGAUCUCUCCAUUGGAUCCGGCACUUCGUGGGGCGACUCAGUUCGAUUCGGCAGUCUCUACCUCGAGGUGUGGGAAUCCAACGACCUCCAGACUUGGUCAAAGCAGCGCCAUGUCAAGGUUUCUCCUUCGACGGCUGGAAACACAUGGGCUCCCGAGGCCUACUACGACACUGACCUGGGCUCCACAUACCACCGCAUGCUCUACGUGACCACGCGAGACUUUGUCACGUUCAGCGAACCCAAAAUCUGGCAGGACGCUGGCAUGUCGCGCAUCGACACCACCGUCAUAAAGGACGGAAACACCUUCUACCGCUUCACCAAGGACGAGGGAGGCACAGGCACCAAGUGUGCGGACAUUAUCGAGGAAAGCUCAUCAUCUCUUCUCGCUCCUGUCAGCUCCUGGUCCCAGGUUGCCGUGUGCAUUGGCCGUAACGCUGGAACCAGCGCCGUUGAGGGCCCGACUGUGUUCAAGGCAAACCCAGGCGACGUGAACGGUCAGAAGUUCUACCUCUUUGUCGACGAGUACGGUGGCCGUGGAUACAUUCCACUGGAGAGCCAGAGUUUGUCAAAGCCAACCUGGAAAGUCUCAUCUUCCUACUCUCUGCCGCGUAGCCCACGCCACGGAACCGUGAUUCCUGUCACAGCCAAGGAGCUCGCUGGUUUAAAUUCGGCAUUAGGACGCCGUGGAGCGCCAGUCGCUGUCCGUGAGCGCACUCGUCUGCGCCCCCGAACCGGAAGCCCCGUACUCAAAGGGCUGUAUGCGGACCCCAACAUUGCAGUCUUUGGCGACACCUACUACAUCUACGCCACGACCGACGGAUUCGCCGGCUGGGGCGGCCAAGUCUUCUACGUCUGGAAAUCGCGCGAUCUAUCUUCGUGGACGCGAUCCGAGAAGCCUUUCUUGACGCUGAACGGCACCGAUGGAAACGUCCCUUGGGCAACUGGCAACGCGUGGGCUCCCACCAUCAUCGAGCGCGGAGGCAAAUACUACUUCUACUUUAGCGGCCAGAACUCCAAGUACAACCGCAAGACCAUUGGUGUUGCCGUCGCCUCCUCCCCCGACGGCCCCUUCACCGCGCAACCCGAAGCCAUGAUCCUCAACAACGAGGCCAUCACCACGGGGCAAGCCAUCGACCCCGCCGUCUUCCGCGACCCGACAACCGGCAAAUACUACAUCUUCUGGGGCAACGGCACACCCGCUCUGUACGCCGAACUCGCCGACGACAUGGUCUCCCUCAAGAGCGGAACAACGCGCGCCAUCAGCGGACUCACCUCCUUCCGCGAAGGCAUCUUCGUCAACUACCGCAAGGGGCUCUUCCACCUCACCUACUCGAUCGACGACACGGGCUCGGAGAACUACCGCGUCGGCUACGCCACCUCGACCAGCGUCGACGGGCCCUGGACCUACCGCGGCGUCAUCCUGCAGAAAAACGCCACCCUCGGUAUCCUGGCUACGGGCCACAGCUCCAUCGUCAACGUCCCGCGUACAGACGACUGGUACAUUGCGUACCACCGCUUUGCCAUUCCCAAUGGCGACGGUACGCAUCGCGAAACGACGAUUGAUCGCGUAUACUUUGAUGACAAGGGGUUUAUCAAGCCUGUCGUUCCUACGCUGACGAGUGUAGAGCCGGAGGUUGUGCCCAAGUAG